AUGACUUCGGAUUGGUCGUUUACUCAGGGAGGCCCUGAAGAGGAUCCAAGCAAUGAGUUUGAGGUUGGGCAACAAUUUAAAGACAAGGAAGAAAUGAUGUUAGCAGUUAAGCAGUACAGCAUUAGGAAGGCUGUGGAUUACAAAAUAGUAGAGAGUGACCAGUUGAGGUACAAUGCACAGUAUAUCCAAUUCGGCACCGGUUGUAAUUGGAGCAUACUCAUAUCGUAUCGCCGGAAGUUGGAUUCGAAGGUGAUUGCGCAAUACAUCUUCACGAUGGUCAAAGCCGAUCCAACAAUCAGCAUUAGGGUUAUCCAAGGAGGUGUGGAGAAUAACUUUGGUUACAAGGCGUCCUACAGAAAAGGUUUGGCUUGCAAAACAGAGAGUGAUUGCCAGAAUAUAUGGCGAUUGGGAGGAAUAGUACAACGAGCUUCCUCGUUGGUUAUUCGUGAUGCAGAUGUACUUGUCGGUUCCACAGAUACUGUCAUGUUUCAUCGGGUUUUUUGGAUAUUUUCACCGUGUGUUGAGGCUUUCAAGCAUUUCAAGCCACUUAUUUCUAUUGAUGGCACUCACCUAUAUGGUAAAUACGGUGGGACCUUACUGAUGGUGAUAGCGCAAGACGGGAAUGCAAACAUUCUGCCUAUUGCAUUUGCCGUUGUCGAGGGUGAGACAAAGGAGGCGUGGUCGUUCUUUCUAUCGUAUUUACGGGAGCAUGUCACACCACAACCCGGGCUCUUAGUGAUUUCAGACAGACACAAAUCCAUUGAUAGUGCAUUGAAUGCCGAAGGGACUUUAUGGAAACCACCUCAUGCCUUCCAAGCCUUUCGUACAAGACACAUUGCAGCCAACUUCAUGACCCACUUUAAAAACAAUGACUUGAAGAAGGUUCUAAUUAACGUAGCGUAUUCAAAGUCACAGCGUGAGUUUGCGCAUUAUUUUGACCGGCUGCGGGGCAAAAACGUGGCAAUCACUAACUGGCUUGAGGAAAUGCAAUGGUCACAGUGGGCACAGUAUGUUGAUGAGGGUCGUCGAUUUGGUCACAUGACGACGAAUAUAUCCAAGUGCAUUAAUACUGUGAUGAAGGGGUCCCGCAAUUUUCCAAUCACCGCUCUCGUCAAGUCAAGUUAUUUUCGAUUGGGUGAACCUUUUGCAAGGAAGGGUUUCGAGGUACUGGCCCAACUUCAAGUCGGUGCUGAGUUCUCUCAGACGUUGGUGAAGGCCAUAGAAUUAAACUCCAAGCACGUGAAUACCAUGAAUGUUUACCAGUUUGAUCGAUCGAGAACAAACUUCACGGUUGAAGAGCUAGCGGCAGUUCCUGGGUCCAGGCAACAGAAUUAUCAGGUGCUGCUUAAUGAGGGCACGUGUGACUGUCAAGAGUUUCGACCGAUAGGGCAUGAGGAUGACUGGCCAUCUUAUGAAGGAUCUCGUAUUCAGUGCAACCCGAGAAUGAUGAGAGUGAAGAGAGAUCGGCCCGUGAGCUCGAGAAUUCGCAACAACAUGGAUGACGUUGAGCAUAACGACGAGAAGCGGUGCGGAUUAUACCGCCAGAAUGGACACACACGAAGGACUUGUACCGCUCUUGAUGGUGGAGGGGCGUCUUCUAGUCGAUGUUAG